UUCAACUUCUGGUGUCCUCUUCGUUACUGGUUAAUGUGGAUCAUGUGAUCGCUGAGGUGACAUGUAUCAUUCCUAUCCUUUUUGUUUUCCUCUGUGUUUUAUUGAAUUAUAAAAUGGCGAACUAUUGUACAAUAUUAAGUAUUAGUCUGGGUUUUGUUAUAACUUUAACACAGCAUGUUAUAUAUAGUAAAGAAUGCUACGUGUGUAGAAGUCAUGCAGACGGUCAGUAUUAUCCACAUUGUCCCAUGGAGGGUAAUGUUAAUCCACAGAUAACAUGGAAAGAAAAUUGUACUGGACAUUGUUUUACGAGAACGGAUGAUCUUGAUAAAGAACUGGUGUACAGAGGCUGUGUAGACUCACAAUGGGGAUUACCCGACCCCCUUCCCCCUGAUGGAUGUUAUACAUAUUAUUUGGAAGUUUGGUGUGUCUGUGGUACUAACCUGUGUAACGGUGUAGCUUUAGGUAAACCAAAGGAUGUUGAAUUUGAUGCACAUAUUCCAAAGAAAAAGAAGGAAGUAACAGACGGCAGUUCAUCACAAUUUGUUGGGAUUGUUUUUGUUUCGAUAAUAAGCCUUGCAGCGAUUCUCACCAUAAAUUGUUGACAUUCACUUUCCAAUCUCGAUAUUGGCACAGUGUUGAUAUUUUAGUUAUAUUUGAAGAUCAGUGUGCUUUCAUUCCAGGAUAUUUUGUGAUCUCAUUUUUUAAUGGGGAGAUACAUUUUGGGCAAUUUUAUUUGUGCUUUUGUUUAAUUAUUGUCAUUCCAAUAUGGUUUUUUUUGUUGUUGUAAGCUAAAUUAUGAAUGAUUCGACAAUGCCUCAGGCAUAAUGCCCAAGCAUUAAUGUCCAAAUAGAGAUAUUUUCUAGGUCAUUUUUAAUGCAGAAAUAUACUACUGUCACCUGUGCCCGCUGGUCUCUUCACAUUUCUUAUGGACACAUUUCAGUGGAUUAUUUGUGCGUCGUUAGUGAUUGCUCAUGGGACAUGGAAAUCAGUUAAUCUCGUUAAAAUAUAACUUAAUCUUCCCAUGUGUAUUUGACUCUACACAUAAAAAAGGCUUGAAACAUAUCGUGGAAUUAUGCAUUAGAUUGUAUCGAAAUUCCGAAUUUGUACAUCUAGUCAGUUGAAAAUUUAAUUGUUUCUCUCCUUUUUUCCGUUCUUAUUAUUUAAUGCCUGUGAAUUUUCCAGUAUUGAGGUAGACACGGGGGAGGUGGAUAUGAGCUGGGAGCGGUCUAAUGUGUGCGCUUUAGAUCAAAAGAUCUGUCAUUGUUAUUUCGACCAAAGGCGUGUAGGUGGCGUGUGCGUGGGUUCAACAGCUUAAUCCCUUUCUCCUAGUUUCCGCAACUACCAAAGAUCUUUUUGUGGCAAAUUAUUUACUAAAGAUGUACCGUAUUUUAAUUCUGAAUUGACUGCAUUUGUAUUGAGUUGAGCCCACUAUAUCACAAUCAUCAAAUUAGUGCCUGUUUACGUCCUGAUCAUUCCGCCUCAAAAAUCCCAACUAUUCACCAAAACCUGACAGAAAAUGUAAUUUUAAAAACUCUUUUUUUUAUUCUAGACCAAAAAGUAAACACAAAAUGAAAUGCAAAGGGAGUGGGUGGGGAGAGAAAUGGAGAAUUGCUAAAAAUAAACGUACUACACUAGUCUCAGUCCAUAAUUAUGUACAUCACUCGAUUAGCCCCCCCUUUACACAGUCGGCUGCUGCUGAACUGACCCAGUUUGGUGACUCGAAAAAGCAAACAAAUCGUGAAACCACAUUUGGUGUAAGGUUUUAUCAUGGGACCCAACUAGCUCUGCGAAUGUUGUCAAAUCCAUCUAAAGUUGUUGUUGAUAGCACUCUAUCGUCUGUGUAAUUUAACGGUUCGUAUGUCAGCUUCACGGUUGAGUUAUUAACAUAUUGAAAAGAGGUCUAGCCUGUACCCCUUUACAAAAACGGGACAUUCAAGUGUAUAACGACAUAUAUCUCCGUUACUAGGUCAAAAACAGAGUAGCCAACAUUUUAGCCGUUAUUAUCACACACGAAGUUUGAACAAACCAUUGACAAGAGGGCGGGACCACGCCAGGAAAAUCCAGAUAUAGUUUCUCAGCCAACACUGGGAUCGAACAUUGGACCUCCAGCUUAUUCUCGAUUAAAGUGUAUAUGAACAUGAAAUGUUUACAGCUGAGUACAAUAAUUCUACCAGUUAUCAUAGCUCUUAUGGUAUACUUCCUGUAUACACCACUUCCUCCAGAUCUAAAACAGAAAUGGGCAAUACAAAAACAGUUUGCUAUGACUAAGAUAGGUUCUGUAAUCAUAUGUAUGGCAGAACAUUUAGAUUAUGGUAGCUACAUCAACAUAUCCAGAGCCGUAUUUGAUACAGUAGCCAGUGGGGCUUUAAAUCAGGAAAACGUCACGAUGACCGACGCCAUGUUUGGUAAAGUUCCGGUGACGAUAUUUAGACCUAGGACAGCUAAUGAUCUGUCUCCAGCGUUACUUUAUUUCCAUGGUGGAGGCUGGGUGUUUGCUUCUACAGCUGUGUUGGCAGGUGGUAUAGCUGAUAUAGCAGAAUGGUUGAAUGUUGUAGUAGUAUCUGUGGAUUAUAGGUUAGCACCAGAAAAUCCCUUUCCCGCACCAUUUGAUGAUUGUGUAACAGCUUCUGUACAUCUUUUACAUAAUGGACAUAGACUAGGUAUAGAUGUUAAUCAUAUAGGAGUAACAGGAGAUAGUGUGGGUGGAAAUUUGGCCGCAGCCGUGGCUCUGAGACUGUCAGAAGACACCACUCUACCUAAAUUAAAAUGCCAAAUCCUUAUAUAUCCCGUACUACAAGCCUUUGAUACGAAACUCACGUCGUACAUGGAAAAUAGUUACGAAUCCUUACACAGGGAAAGUAUAGGGAAGGCGUAUUUAUGGUAUCUUGGUAGAGAUGUGUUAAAGACAAGUGAACAAGCGAUCCUUUCCAACAACCAUCUUACACCGGCACUGAAAAAAUCAGUUUAUUAUAAAAGCCUUGUUCAUCAAAACUUAUUACCUAUGAAAUAUCGUAGAAAGGAUACCCCAGAUGAAACAGAUAAGAUAAAUAUGACUUUUGCUAAGUCACUGGAAACGUUACUUAUUAAUCCAUAUAUUUUCCCGCUCAUGGCUAAAGAUCUUUCAAAAAUGCCGCCAUCUUUGAUAAUUACGUCAGAAUAUGAUAUAUUAAGAGAUGAAGGUUUUAUGUUUGCCGAGAGAUUGAGACAGUGCGGUGUCAAAGUUCAGCAUAACAACAUGAACGCUGUUCAUGGUUUUUUCUUUCGACCCCCAAGAGAAACAUUCCGAUAUGACUCAAUGCUAGAUACGUUGAAUAUAAUGGCUAAAUAUUUUAAACAGCAACUCAAAUAGUACAAUGCUUAUUAUAUUUUAAAUAAUAAAUACUUAACAAAGAU